GCCUAGCUUUGCCACUGACUGACCAGUGUAGCCCAUUGGUGCACUGCAGCCGCCAACAAGGAGGACGGAACCGCGCCGUGAUGGUCCUCCCCCGUCGUAGCCAUGCGCGACCGACGAGGAGACGCCACGUCGCGUGCACGACGGCGGCCUUCUUCUCAGUAAUGCUCUGUUUGUUCUACUCCAACUGGCACCCAUUCUUCUCGUCCUACCGAGAGACAAGCUCCUCCUCAUCCUUCUCCUUGAGCACCCCCAGGAGCCACGCGGACACCGCGACGGCUGCCAUCAACGGAGGAAGAGAAGGAGGUGGGGGAGGGGAAGAGGAAGAGGGUGGGGAAGGGGGCUUUCCUCUGUCCAAGCUUCUGUCGGGAUAUCCACCCUACUGGCGGGAUCCUCGAAGAGACUUCCAGGCGGAGUACGACGAGGUGAUUGCGGCCGUGCCAGGCCUGAGCGGGACCAGGCCAGCGCGCUUCGCCUUCCUCAUCAUGGCGCACGGGCCGGCGGACGUGGAGCUGCUGAGGAGAAACGUGCCGUGGCUCUACAGCCCGCUCAAUUUUUUUCUGAUUCACAUGGACCGGAAGAGUUCAGACAAGGACCGGGCGGAUGUGCGGGAGCUGUUGCAUGGGCUGGACAACGCAAGGAUCCUGGAGCCGGCGCAAAGCGUGUCGUGGGGAGGGUAUUCCAUCACAUUGACGGCUCUGUUCGGUCUGUCCACGCUCGUAGAGUGGAGCAGGGACUGGGACUACUUCAUUAACCUCAGUGCGACGGACUUCCCCCUGCUAAGCUCGGCGGAGAUGAGUGUGGCGAUGGGAUCAUUCGUGGAAAGCCGGAUGAAUUUCGUCACAGGCUCGGCGAUGAUGGAACAGAACCGGGCGGAGCUGUACGUGGAUGACCAGGGUUUGUACCGGGUAAAUGAGACCCGACGAGCGGCCCAGCCUUUCCUGCAGCGGAGGCAAUCGGGGCCUCCGGUGCGCGUGGAGAGACCGCUCCCUAACUUGUUCACGCUGUUCAAGGGAGAGUUUUGGGUGGCGCUGCAUCGCGAUUUUUGCGAAUAUGUUCACGAGUCGCCGGACAAUGUGGCCAGAUCUCUCCAGGCGUACUUCGCCAAGUUUCGCAUCUCAGACGAGAGCUUCUUCCAAACGACGCUCUGCCACCCGGCCGCCCCCUCGGCCUUCCCCAUCCACAACGACAACCUCCGGCUUGUCAACUGGCCGUACUUUGACCCGGAGACGGAGUGGGUGCUUCACCCUGACCCGGUGCAGUCCAAGCACGUGACCAAGCUCAUGAAGAGCGGCGCGCUUUUCGCGAGGAAAUUCGAGCUGGGCACGAGCGACCGGGCCUGGUCCGAAAUCGAGGGGUUAUUGUCGCAGAAGGGGAAACACGUGGGGGAAAGAAUACUUCGAGUCCUGGAGCGCGGGAAGCCGGCGCGGAGCGUUCGUGGGAGGGAGGAGUUCUGCACGGUACCGGAGGGCUACGACCUCGACUACAUCCUCCGACAUCAGAAGAUCAAGCGAGAGCGAAAAUCGCCGGAUAGCCGGUGACACAAAGCCGGCCGGCAGAUAGGCCGAGAGGCUAGCUAGCGAUGUCCCAGAGCGGAGUCGAAUCGCCUCCCCUUUCUCCGCCGGAAUACGGGGUGAGGAGGGGGUGGGGGGGGGUGUACUCGCAUCCCGCUUUUCCUCGAAAAGCUAUCUAUCUGCGGCGCUGCGUGGGGAAGAAAGAGGCCGGCUCGGGGACGACGGCGGUGGAGGGAGGGGCGGGAUACCUGCGGGCUUGAUGUUGUAGUUUGCGUGAUAAAAAGUGGGUUUGGGCUUGCUUCUGCCUGAAUUCGAGUUGGCUGUUUAUGUUCGAGGCUCAGGGCGUGAUUUGAGAUGCAGAUAGUCGGGACUAUGGUUUUCUCGUCUUUUUAUUGCAGUUGUGCGUCGGUGUACGCGGUACGCACCUGCGGUUGUGCUGAUAUUUUCGUGUUGUUAUUUAGUUCAUGUAUUCGUUUGGGUAGGGGGCACCUGUUGGCGGGGGAUUGACGUGGGGAGGUGGGGUGGGGGGUGUGCUCUUCGUGCACCCGAACGAGAACGCGAGAGAUUUUCGCGCGCCCCGCUAUUUUUUUUUUCUUCUUUUUUUCGCGAGGGAUUAAAUUGAGUGUUGUAGUAUCUUGCGUGCGUGUCACCUUUGUUGAGAAGCGGAAGUAUUUUGCGUUUGAUUGUCGUGCCCUUGUUUCUCGCACCACUGCUGCUUCUGCUGCUGCUGCUGCUGCUGCUGCUGCUGCUGCUGCUGUCCUAGCACUGUGCAGGCGCAGACGGACUUUUGCCGGAAACAGGUUUCGGAAGUGUGCAGAUGCGUGCGGUGCGUCAAGUAGUGCAUGAAACCUGAAGAAUCGCGUGUGUCCUUGGUCCACAACCAGCCGGCGCAGCCACGUGUGUUGUUUCUUGUGAGAUGCUGCGAUCGAAUAAUUAUCAAGCAGCAGCCAGGUGCCCAAAGCUUUGUUUGCCAACGCUACGGUGGUAGUAGUAGUGCUGCAUUGCUGCGUUGCCGUCUUAUGACGACGCCGCUCUCUUUGGCGGUUUGUUUGAAAAUGGUGCUUGUUUGAGGGCACCGGGGUAGAACGCAGAGAGGUUCAUGGGAGCCUGGCCAGGAAAAUGUCUUUGGUAUGCGAGGGAGGGGGGUUCCCGGCGGUGUUUUUCUUUUUCCUGGGAAAGAUGCGCUGCUGUUUUCGAACGACCCUUCCGGCAAGACGGAAAAAAGAUGUGUACGCACAAGUAACUUGUUCGUGCCACCUGCUGGACACAAUAAAAUGGUCCCGAAAAGCAUGUCUGCUUCCCUUUGAAUGCCUGAUGGGGGAGGCCAGCCCCCCGUUCAACGCUUGACGUCGAACUUCUCGUGCAACGUGUGUGUUGUGUGUGUGUGUGCAUCGUUUGAUCGCAAUCUGCGCGAGCCAGGCAGUCAGGACCCAUAGACCACAAGGGAUUGCUUAUUAUCACACGUCUUUCUAUGUAGUAGUUUCGUGGGGAGCACUGUUUCCUGUUGCCCUGUAGGGGCGCAGUCCUGCUCUGACUCUUUCGGGCUAUCGUUAAGACAGAGAGAGAGCACGAGAUUUUGUCGGUCGUGCCUGCGUGUAGGUCUCUUGUGUUUUGUCUUUGCCACGUGCGAUGGCAAGUUACUGCAGUCCGUGCCUCUUGUUUUUCUUUCUUGUCUUUUCGUUUUCCGGGUUGUGAUGUUUUUUUUUUCUUCAUUCUUCUGGGUUGUGACGUAUGCAUACGUUCUCGAUAUAUCGUAAGUGCCCUGCCAAGUAUCGAAGACGCGACAUGGCUGUUCACUCUUGUACAGAAGGUAGCGGUAUUACGGCAGGAGUAGGAACCGCGGUGUGGUUGUGUCGGAAAUGCGCCGUCAAAGAAAGCCUUGGCGACGACACAGGCGAGAUUCCGUCCGAGUGUGUGUCUUUGCGUACGUGACAUCGAAGUGUCAAGCAAGUUUCAUCAGGAAAUGAGCAAGUGGACGGCGUGGUCGCAGAAAGAAGAUAAUCGCCUCUUUUCUACGUCUUGCACUACAGUGCUUGUACACAAAAAAAAUGUUUUGUUCUUGCAUCGUUGCCUCCUGUGUCUUGUUUUAUUAUUUUCAUUAUUGUGUGCGCAUGUGGUUCUCGAACAAACGAGGUGGCGUUGUAAAAGCUACUGGACGUCUUUCAGAUAGUUUCGACUUUGUUUAUGUUUUGCAAGCUUCUUCUCUGUCAAUCUUGGCGUCGUAUCGUGCUCCAGACUAACGAUCGAUAGCCGGGACCAAGCAAGUAGAACUUUACUGGCCCGCAUCUGUGCCAUCGAACAAGCGAACUUUGCUUCGCUUGCUGCCGGGUGGAAAAUCC